UCUCCGCCCGUUCAUUACCUUGCUGGGGAUUGCUGAGAGCAGUAAGCCCGUCGUGUCUCUACCCGAGGCCGGAUGGUAAAAUCCAACCUCCAGCGGAUCCUAAACAGUCAUUGCUUUGCUCGCGAGAAAGAAGGAAAACAACAGUCUUUAACCACAAUGGCGGAUUUGAGUAAUGGUAUCUGUGACAUAAUUGGGAAGUUGUCCCUGCACUGUACUAGUACCCGCGGCCCGGGGCCUCUGUGGUGCUCCGAUGCCCCUCUCCCACCCCUGAAGAUCCCAGGUGGGCGAGGGAAUGGCACACGGGAUCACACUCCUUCAGCUCGGCAGCUCCACUCAGAUCGAAAAUUGAUUGUGACGGAGGAGCCGGCGGGGAAUGGUCGCCCUGGAAUACUCCACUUCCAAAGUUGUCCCACCCUGACCAGGACAAUACAGUGGGAUGCUGUCCUAAGCGGCAGCGCGCUCUAUGUGGAGAUUCCUCUGGACCCUCUUCCUGAGGGCAGCAAGGAGAGUUUUGCGGCUCUCCUGGAAUACGCUGAAGAACAUCUGAAAGUAGUCAGCGUGUUUGUCUGCUUCUACAAGAACAGAGAUGAUCGUGCUAAACUGGUACGUACGUUCAGUUUCCUCGGCUUUGAGAUUGUGAAACCGGGCCACGCCCUCGUCCCGCCUCGACCCGAUGUAUUCUUCAUGGCCUACAAUUUUGACAGGGACUCCUCGGACGAGGAGUAGCCCUUUUGAUAGCCCCUCCUCCCCCCGCUUACUUCCCAUAUCCCUGUUUUUUUCCCCAUCCAAGCAUAUCAUAAAUAUCCCUGUCCGUGUUAAACCCUCGGCAGUAGCUCAUGCAAGUGUUCAUCUCCCCCAUGCUUUUUGAUCAAGGGAAUAUGUACCACGUGCAUCUCCAUUUAAUUAUACCGUUUUCCUUGAAGAUUAAUCAAUGUUGUCAACUAUAGAAGGACGCAAACUAUGUUGUUACAUUCACAUUUGAGUUGUCAUAGCGAUUAAUUAGGUUCAUUGGUAAUUCUAUUUUCUUGAUUGUGGUGGUGGAUUCUUCAUUUCUUGAAUGUACAAUAAAAAGGUCAUCAGGUUUACACUCGGGUACUCCAGCUUUCCUUUAUUUGGCUAAAUAAUGCCUUUUCUGAAUUAACACAUUUUAGUAGUAGCACUAAUAUCCUCUUAAAAGCAAUUGGAUUUUGAGUGACAGCCCCAAUAAUUGGUACUUCAUAGCUGUAGUGAAAUCCUUUCGAGUGAAAAGAUGAAUGCUGUCGGCGCGUCGAGAUCCUACGAUGAGUGUAUUGGUACAACGUGUAAGGAAAGUAAACAAUCCAAAGUGCUUUUGCUUUUUUUCUGCCAUGUAUAUCUGACUAUCGUAGUGUUUUGGUUUUGGAGGUUGAAGAACUGUUGUGAUAUGAUUGGAUUUGUUUUUAUUAGCAUUCCUUAAACUUUUUUUUUUUUUUUUGUCAUAGUGUUGAGUUUGUUGUUCACCUGCAUAGUGGUACCUGUUGUGCUUCUGUGAUAAUAAAACAAAACAAACCUG